AUGAACGCAACAGAUUUGAAAUAUUUAUCCGAAGCUGCAGCAUCGAUGGAACACAAAAUUAACGAAAAAGAUCGACCACAUAAUCAACGUCGAGCUCUUCUCACACUUUUCGUACCUUGGCGCACCGUUACGGAUCUUUGUGACGUCAAUCAAACAUGGGAAGAUUCUUUCAAAUCUCGACAAAAUCGUAUUUCCAUCGAUUCAUGGAAGAUCAUAGAAAAUAUUCAACUUUUACAUGAAUGUAAGAAAGAUCGCGAUGAACAUUUACUUCAAGUUAUUGCCGAAGCUCAAACUGAUAAUGACGCAAUCGAUCCUGUUCUCUUGCCUGCGAAUCAAGAUAAUGAUGGCGAAUAUGAUAUGGACAAUAGUGAAGAUUUACUAGAAUUACUAGGCAAUAUAGAUGAAUACACAACUGCGUCGAUUAGCGCCUCCAAAAAGUCAACAGAAGAUAAAUAUAUUGAAGAAACUGUUGAAGCAGUUGAAAAUGUUGGGAGAUUCAGUCAUGUAAGUACUCAUUGUCAACCUUCUUCAAAUGAAUCUAUCGAUUAUGGAAAUCACCAAUUUGUACCGUUCAUUCCUGCAACACCAAACCUUAUUCGAUUAAACACAAAAUGGCAAGAACAACUGAAGACUGAAAAAGAACGAGUCAGACAAUGUUUAAUUAGAGGCAACUACACCAAUGUAGAUGAUACAUUAGAUUUAUAUGCUGCAAAAGAUGCCGUUGUAACCGUGGUGAACUUAAAUAACUAUAAUAAUAAUAAUUUUGAAAAUUAUGGCUCGAUUCUUCCAGUUGUUUCAAUCUCAACCAACUUUCCCACUCAGAAAAGUGUCGCUGAUGAAUUUACAUUAAAUAGAGAGCAACGAGCUGCAUUUAUGAUAAUAACCAGUCAUCUAGAUGGCGACAGCCGUUGUCGUACAGGUGAUAAUAAUGGUCAGCUUAUAAUUUGCAUACCUGGAUGUGGUGGUACUGGCAAAUCACAAUUUAUUCGUGCUCUCACCAAAUACUUCCUAGUUACAAAAAGAAUACAAAUGAUGCGAAAGCUUGCACCAACUGGAAUUGCUGCUGCUGAAAUAGGUGGAAUGACAAUUCAUUCAUUUUUGGGUGAGCAGCGUAAUUCCGGAAAGCCACGAACCAUAAAAUCAGGUGAUUCAAAACUUGAGAAAGAAUGGAGAUUGGUUGAAUAUUUAUUGAUCGAUGAAAUGAGUAUGGUUGGUUUAAAUUUAUUAGCUAAACUCAAUCGAAUUAUUUGCUCUGCAAAACAUGUCGAUCCACAAAUUCCAUUUGGUGGUGUAAAUGUUAUCUUUUUUGGUGAUUAUUUACAAUAUCGACCUGUGUAUGAUGCACUAUUACAUACCGAUUUUUCAUUGCCAUCGAAAAAGAGAUCGGGUAAAUUGCCCAAUGAAAAAGAAAUUCAACAACGUGUUGCACGUUCUUUAAUUCUACAAAUUAAUUGCGUCGUCAAACUUACCCAACAAAUGCGAACAGAAGAUCCACGCUAUCUUCAGCUACUCGAACGACUUCGUCAUGGACAAUGUAAUUACGACGAUUAUGAAUUAUUGUUAACACGAGUAGUUGGGCAACCAUCAAUAGGCUCUCUACGUGAUUCACCUUGGAAUAAAGCUCCGAUUCUUGUGUUUCGAAAUGAAGUCCAAACAAAAUUGAACAAUAAGGCAGCAAUUCACAAAGCAACAGAAAUGGGACAAAGACCCAUGAUAUGUGUCGCUCAAGAUACCUGCAAAGGCAAACCAAAUGAAGAUCCAACACUCAUUAAAAAAUUGUUACAAUUACCCGAUAGUAAAACGGAGCAUUUACCAAGUCUUUUACCAUUUGUUCCUGGAAUGCCUGUUAUUUUAACACAAAAUAUUGCUAUUGAAUUGGGUCUUAUUAAUGGAACGAAUGGAAUCUUUCGACAACUUGUUUACGAAGAAGAUUCUGUGUCAGCAGAAAUUCUUUAUGAAACAUUUCCAAACAACACACGAUACAUUUAUAGACCUUUAUAUGCAUUAGUUGAAAUUACCAAAUCGAAUAUUGAAUGCAAUCUUGAUCAACUCCAACCAACUCUCGUUCCAAUACCGUUAAUAGAACAAACAUUUCGUAUUGAUAUUGCUGAUAUUCUUCCAAAAGAUAAAAGACAAAAAUCAAAUCAAAAGGCAAUUUUAUCGAUUAAGCGACGUGCAUUACCACUUGUACCUGCUUAUUGUAUUACGACACAUAAAAGUCAAGGUCAAACUUUGAAUAAAGUUGUAAUAGAUUUAAAAUUGCCAAAUGAAACUGAUGACAUUGCUGCAAUUUAUGUACCUUUGUCACGUGUUAAACAGUUGGCCGAUCUGGUCAUUUUGCGACAUUUUGAUUACAAGGUUUUAUUCAUCAAACCAAGCAAAUCUCAACUUGCCGAAAUAGAAAGACUAGACAAACUAUAUUCAGAAACACAAAAACGUUUUUCUCAUUGGUUUUACUUUUUUCUUUAUAUUAAACAAUUUUUUUUUAGUAUUUGUUAA